AGGAGGGGUGGGGCAGCCAGGCCGACACGUGUCCCUGCAAGGAGUGAGCCGCCUGGCCACGCGGUGAGGGUGGAGGGAAGGAGGGGGGGCGGCGCGGGGGACCGGGGAAUGAAAGACACAGAUGGCAAGAGAGACAGCGAUGGAACUGCAGGAUCCAAAGAUGAAUGGAGCCCUCCCUUCGGAUGCUGUGGGCUACAGGCAAGAACGUGAGGGCUUCCUGCCCAGUCGUGGUCCUGCUCCUGGGAGCAAGCCGGUCCAGUUCAUGGAUUUCGAGGGGAAGACAUCGUUUGGAAUGUCAGUGUUCAACCUCAGCAACGCCAUCAUGGGCAGCGGCAUCCUGGGGCUGGCCUAUGCUAUGGCCCACACGGGGGUCAUCUUCUUCCUGGCCCUGCUGCUGUGCAUUGCGCUUCUAUCGUCCUACUCCAUCCACCUCCUGCUGACCUGUGCUGGUAUUGCAGGCAUCCGAGCCUAUGAGCAGCUGGGACAGAGGGCAUUCGGGCCUGCGGGGAAGGUAGUGGUGGCCACAGUCAUCUGUCUGCACAAUGUUGGGGCCAUGUCCAGUUACCUGUUCAUCAUCAAAUCUGAGCUCCCCCUGGUUAUCGGCACCUUCCUGUACAUGGACCCCGAGGGGGACUGGUUCUUGAAGGGAAACCUCCUCAUCAUCAUUGUCAGUGUGUUAAUCAUCCUGCCCCUGGCCCUCAUGAAACACUUGGGCUACCUGGGGUACACCAGUGGUCUCUCUCUGACCUGCAUGCUGUUUUUCCUUGUUUCGGUCAUCUACAAGAAGUUCCAACUUGGCUGUGCUAUAGGCCGCAAUGAAACAGCAAUGGAGAGUGAAGCUCUCGUGGGACUCCCCAGCCAAGGACUCAACAGCAGCUGUGAGGCCCAGAUGUUCACAGUUGACUCACAGAUGUCCUACACAGUGCCCAUUAUGGCUUUUGCUUUUGUCUGCCACCCUGAGGUGCUGCCCAUCUAUACGGAGCUCUGCCGGCCCUCCAAGCGCAGGAUGCAGGCCGUGGCCAACGUGUCCAUUGGGGCCAUGUUCUGCAUGUAUGGGCUCACAGCAACCUUUGGAUACCUCACCUUCUACAGCAGUGUGAAGGCGGAGAUGCUGCACAUGUACAGCCAGAAGGACCCGCUCAUCCUCUGUGUGCGCCUGGCCGUGCUGCUCGCAGUGACCCUCACUGUGCCAGUCGUGCUGUUCCCUAUCCGCCGGGCCCUGCAGCAGCUGCUUUUCCCAGGCAAGGCCUUCAGCUGGCCACGACAUGUGGCCAUAGCUCUGAUCCUGCUUGUUUUGGUCAAUGUCCUUGUCAUCUGUGUGCCAACCAUCCGGGAUAUCUUUGGAGUUAUCGGGUCCACCUCAGCCCCCAGCCUCAUCUUCAUCCUCCCCAGCAUCUUCUACCUCCGCAUCGUACCCUCUGAGGUGGAGCCUUUCUUAUCCUGGCCCAAGAUCCAGGCCCUGUGCUUUGGAGUCCUGGGAGUCCUCUUCAUGGCCGUCAGUCUAGGCUUUAUGUUUGCCAACUGGGCCACAGGCCAGAGCCGCAUGUCUGGACACUGAUCAGGCCCUGCUGGCCCAGGUCCCUGUGCGCAUGCACAUGGAGGGGUCAGGGCCGCUCCCUAGGGUCCCUCCUGCCCGACAUGUGGAGGUGGCUGGUUCCCAUGAACGUGGUUGUCAGAGGCGGGGGACAGCAGAGGCUGCAGACUGGCCCACUUCCCUCCUCCCCAGGGAUGCCAAGCUUGGAUCAUGGCCCUAAUCCCAACCCCAACCCCAUGGGAGGAGGAGGAGGAGGAGGAAGAAGAGGAGGAGGAGGAGGAGGAGGAGGAGGAGGAGGAGGAGGAGGAGGCCAGGUCCUGGUGGAGCCUUUGCCUAGCCCAGUCCUCUCUGCCUCCUCCUGGCUGAAGCUGUUUGUCAGGAUUACCCUCGGGCUAAAGAGGAAAAAUAAAGAUGUUGAGCUACCA